AGUGCGUGAACACAAACAUCUGUCGAAUGAAUAAACAAACGCUAUAAAACAAAUGCAAUACAGUGAUGAUGUACAACAACAUUACGAGGCUAAAUAAAACCAAACCCUCACAUUACUGCGGUAAAUACUGUCCGAGCCGGGGUGUGUGUGUGUGUGUGUGCGGUCCAGUGUCGGGUUUCCUCAGUCCGGGUUUAUUCACUUCAGAACUAAUCAGCUAUGAGUGAGUUUUUCUCUCUGGCGGACUGCGAUGUGAUCGGCUUCGAUCUGGAUCACACACUGUGCCGGUACCAUCUGAAGGAGACCUGCAUGCUAAUAUAUGAGAGUUUUGCUCGAUAUCUGGUGGAGCAUAAAGGCUACCAUAAAGAUCUGCUGAAUGUGCCUCCAGAUGCCUGGGACUUCUGUUUUAAAGGCCUGGUGGUGGAUUUAGAGGAGGGAAACCUGAUCAAACUCGCCGAGGAUGGAACAGUGUUACGGGCGACUCACGGAACACAGAACCUCACCACAGAGGAGAUCGUAAAGUACUACGGCCCAAAAAAAGAAUGGAAACAUUUCAACAACCUCAACACCACAUUCACACGAUCUGCUAAAUACUAUUUUUAUGAUAACUACUUUGACCUUCCGGGAGCUCUGCUCUGUGCUCGGGUGGUGGACAUGAUGAACAAGAAAGGAAAGGAAGUUACACCAGACUUUUGGAAAGACAUGGUGGCUGCCAUCGAUCACAACUACAAUACAUCUGCUUUCAGAGAGGACUCUGGAUGGUACUUCCCAAGUGUGAAGCGUGAUCCUGAGCGAUAUCUACGUUCAUGUCCUGAAUCAGUGUGUCAGUGGCUGAGGAACCUGAAAGAGAGUGGGAAAGUCCUGCUGCUCAUCACCAGCUCACACUCUGACUACUGCAGACUGGUUUGUGAACACAUCCUAGGGAAGGAUUUUGAGGAUCUUUUUGAUGUGAUCAUCACCAAUGCACUGAAGCCAGGCUUCUUCUCUCUCAUACCACACCAGAGACCUUUCAGGACCCUCGUGAGUGAUGUGGAGAGUGGGACAGGGCUGUCGUGUUUGGAGAAGCGUGGUUGGUUCUCUCAGGGAAACUGGCCACACCUACAUUACCUGCUCAGAUCCCUGACCGGCAAACAGCAGCCCAAGGUGGUGUACUUCGGAGACAGUAUGCGCUCUGACAUGUUUCCAGCAUUCACUUUUGCAAAGUGGGAGACUGUUAUGAUACUUGAGGAGAUGGAGGGGGAGGGUAUGGGCACAGAGAACCACCAGAGCUCCACUUCCAAUCAGAGCUCCACCUACAGUCAGGGUCCUGCAGAGAAGAAGGGAAAGUUUGAAGUACCGGAGUGUAUGAAGGCCCCUUCAGCUGUGUCUCAGCAGUGGGGGUCGUAUUUUGUGGACAUACAGACGAAUGAAGCUGGACAGGAACAUCACACACUGACAUGGUGCUGCAGCUCCAUUCACAAAUACAGCACUGUGGCUAUACCCAGUGUGGAGAGUAUAGCAGCUCUUCCUCUGAAUUUCCAGUUUAAGCGUUUCUCCGAGUCUCAGUCCUACACGACUGGUUAUUACCCAUCACCCCCCCACUCCUUACUGAAGAGGGCGGAGUCCUGAGCUGUCCAAUGACAUGUGUCUGUGUGUAUACAUAAUGUAAACGUUGAGUGUAACAAUACAGUAUAAUUGUCAUGUUUCAUUCACAGCACCAGUAAACCACUAUACUGUAGACACACUGUGUGUCUGUGAGAGAGAUUUAUUCUGUUAUUCUGUGAAAAGUGUGUUUUUCAUUAAAAUCAUUAGGUGUUCUAUUGUCAAAAGUGUUUUAAAUUGUUGGUGUUUAUUUUCUAAAUGAAGCUCUGUGUGUGUGUGUGUGUGUGUGUGUGUGUGUGUGUGUGUGUGUGUGUGUGUGUGUGUUGUGCAGUGUUGUGGUCUUCAGUGGUGUGUGUUAGUUUGGUCAGCAGUUUGUACAGAAAUGCAGGUGAAAAAAGGUUUUCUCAAACACACUUGUCCUUGUGUUCAUUUGUGUGCAUUUA